AUGUCUUCUUCCGAUGGAGGCCAUCUUGGGUCUGUCGUCCUCUUCCUCCGUCUGUUCCUCGUCCUCGUCGUCGCUCCCGCCUUCUGCUCCGCCGCUUUUCGUGGGUUCCAAACCGCUCCUGUUGAAGGUACAGGCCUAGGGUUAUGCCCUGACGUCUUCUUCCUCGAUGGGUAUCUUCCUCAAUGGAUGUUAAGGAAAUGGGCUUUGUUGGUCCUGCGAGGAACCAUCCUUCCUCGAUGCAUUCCUAUGGCGUUCCUCCAUGGCUGGUCCAACAGGAAGGAUAACCUCUCUCUCUCUCUCUCUCUCUCUCUCUCUCUCUCUCUCUCUCUGUAUCUGUGUGUGCGCCGCUCAGGACGAGGAACUCAUCUGGAAUGGCUCCCAGUGAGGAGGUCAGUAGCGGAGGUUGCAGCAGCGCUUGCGCCGGUCUCGCCGCCGUUGUCCAACUCCUCCUUCGUGCUGGCGGAGGAGAGGACGCGGAGAAAGGACCCGCUGGACGGCUACGACUACUACACCGGUGGAUGGAACAUCAGCAAUCACGAUUAUUGGGCUGUAAGCUUCCUUAACCUCCGUCCAAUCUCAUUACCUUUCCUUCUUCCAUUCCCAAGGAGAAACGGAACGACGGGGAUGGAUCAAGAGAGGAGGAGGAAUCCCUUAUUCGUUCUCCGAUUUGACGCACCGACUGGUUCUUCUGGCUGCAGUCCGUUGGAUUAACCGCUGUCCCCUUGUUCCUGAUCGGAGUCAUCUGGUUCGUGGGCUUCGGGCUGUCUCUACUCCUCAUCUGCUGCUUCUACUGCUGCUGCUCCCGGAGGAGCUAUUCUUAUUCGCGGAUAGCUUACGCGUUAUCUCUGAUCUUGCUCAUCCUGUUUACCUGUGCUGCGAUGUAAUGGCGUUGACCCUAUCUUUACAAUUUUGGGCACUCUGGCCCGAUCAGCCGGAGCGAGGACGACAUGAGAUCUCAGAUUCCUGCUAUCUGUUUGUGAUGUCAUUUUCAGCGCCGGAUGCAUCAUCCUGUACACGGGUCAGGGGAAGCUUCACGUCACCACCUCGAACACCUUGGAUUACGUCGUUGACCAGGCGGAUUUCACCGUGGAGAACCUCAAGAACUUCUCGGAGAAUUUAUCCGCCGCCAAGAGGGUGAGUGUGGGGCAGAGUUUCCUUCCGGCAGAUGUCCAGAGGAAGAUCGACACCAUCGAAGCGAAGCUCAACUCCUCGUCCAAUGAACUGGCCAGUCGCACCAAAGACAACUCCGAGAAGAUUAGGGACGUUUUGGACACCGUGUAAGAUUCGAUGCAGAAACCUCCACCAUUUGCAAGGCUCGCUGAUUGAACUGGUUGAACCGUUGACCCUGCUUGCAGGAGACUUUGCCUGAUUGUCAUCGCCGCCGUGAUGCUCGCGUUGACAUUUCUCGGAUUCCGUAAGCGAUUCCCUCCCCCCUCCCCCCCCCUCCAUUAUCUGCCCAAUAGGGUUCGCUUCUUGCUCCUUUAUAUGGAAUUGAGCGCUGAUCCUUGUUCUUUCUGGCAGUGCUCUCCAUUCUUGGACUACAGUGUCCUGUUUACACGUGAGUUGACUUGUUCCGCCGUUUUUUCCCAAGAUGUCUUGUGUUUCUUCAACUCCGUGCCUCGUGGUGAUUUGAUGAUCAAACUGAGAUUCAUGCAGCCUGGUGAUUAUCGGAUGGAUACUUGUUGCGGGUACCUUCAUUCUCUCCGGCAUCUUUCUUCUUUUCCACAAGUAAGCCCUUUGACUUCACAUCUCUGACCGGUUUCUUGAGUCGGGUCAACGCAAAUUGGAGCUAAAUGUUGCCAAUUUCGCCCCUUUCCUGCUCUAAUUCCAAGAACUGCUCGCUUCCAUGCAUCCAUGGAUGUGGGUUUUUUGAAGAACAGGGAAAUACAGCUCUUUUACUGAGCGGAUCAUAUUUAGAACACAGAGCCUGCUUCUACGUUAUUUUCUCCUUCUCUAGUGAAAUCACUCCAUUGCGUCUCAAUCUCCCUGUGAGGAUCUGCUUCAGGUCUUUCCUACCCAUUUUUGGAAAUUCUCAUUGUAGAGAUCUUUACUCGGCCCUCCAUGCUGAAAUAUGUGAGAAUGUCCUCCCUAACUUUGGUCAACUACCUGCAUGAACUUUGGGUAAUUAGAUAUAAUUCGGCUGAUAUUCCCCUUAUCUCCAGACCUAAUUACCCAUUAAAGACUAAUAACAUAUGGGAAUCAUUGUAUGUGGUGAAUUCUCGACCAAGUGGCUUUGACUUCAUGAAGGGCAUGCUGACUCCUCAAUGGUGUGCCUCCUGCAGCGUCAUUGGAGACACCUGCGUGGCGAUGGACGACUGGGUGCAGCACCCCCACGCGCGCACCGCCCUGGAUGACAUCCUCCCCUGUGUGGAUGCUGCCACCGCCAACGAGUCACUCUACCAGAGCAAAGAGGUCACCUUGCAGCUGGCCAACGUGGUCAACCAAUACAUCGCCAACAUAUCCAACAGGAACUUCCCGCCCGGGAUCCCGCUGUACUACAAUCAGUCGGGCCCAGUGGUGCCGCUACUCUGCAACCCCUUCAAUCCUGACUUGAGCGAGCGGCAAUGCCUCAGCGGGGAGGUUGGCUUCGGCAAUGCCUCCCAGGUGCGUGCCUGCUUGGUCUCCGCUCAAAUUGAGAUCGCAAUUGGCAGGGAAUUGACGGUGCCACCUUGUAGGUGUGGCGGCGCUAUGUCUGCGAGGUGUCGGCAAGGUCGGGUGGCGAUGUGUGCACCACAACCGGGCGGCUCACCCAGCGGGUCUACAGCCAGAUUGUGGCGGCCACCAGCGUCAGCGCCGGUUGCUACCAAUACGGGCCCUUCCUGGCCGAUCUGCAGGGCUGCACUUUUGUGCGGAACACAUUCUCGACGAUCACCCAUGACAAUUGCCCAGGCCUCCGGCGGGACAGCAACUGGGUCUACGUCGGGCUGGCGGUGGUGUCCGGUGCUGUGAUGCUCUCUCUGCUCUUCUGGGUCAUCUACACCUGGGAGAGGCGGCACCGGAAGAACAGCAAGAAGCAGUUCAUCACUGGGUCGUGA